UCUUAUCAGACGGCCCCCCCCGUUGUCGGGAUAAGUGAGUCUAUGGCGGCUCAAUGUGUGACCUGACUCUUCUCCCUCCCUUUGAACCACCACCUCCAAACCCGGUCGCGUGAGCUUCUCUUGUGCUCUCGUCCUGCUCGUCCUCCUCCCCUCUCCCCCCUCUCUCCCUCCCUCACAUCUCCCGGUCACUGGUCCCCCGGCCAUCUCUGCUCAAUCCCUAAUCUUGGAACCCGGGCUGAACACCACCGCGCCGAGUCACAAUGCAGCUUCUGACCACCAAUGUCCUCGCCGCUGCGGCGCAGCACCUCCCGAUCACAGAGGCCUUAUCGGGCAUCUUUGGCAGCAUCAGCUUGACUGCUUGGAUCUGCCUCCUCCUCCCCCAGUUGGCCGCCAACUACAAGGCGCAGAGUGCCGAUGGCCUCAGCAUGGCCUUUCUCAUCGUCUGGCUUAUCGGAGACAUGUCAAACCUCAUCGGAGCAUUAUUCACCCGCCUCGCCCCGACUGCAGUCGCAUUGGCCAGUUAUUUCUGCAUUGCCGACAUGAUCCUCAUCUCCCAGACCAUCUACUACCGCACCGUCAGCGCACGCCGAGCCCGAGAGCACAAUGAACAGUCCGUCGACGCCUCUGAGGAGUCUCCUCUGCUCGCGAGGCGACGGACCUCGUCUUUUGGCCUCCCCGGAUCCCAGCGCCGUCACGCGACUCACACCGAGACGUCCAUGGAGCCAUUGAGAAAGAUUGUGACCGGCGAGGACGAGACCCCGGACAGCCACCCCUGGAUCCACAACGCGCUGAGCCUGCUCGCCGUCUACCUCGUCGGCUUUGUUGGCUGGUUCGUUUCGUACAAGGCCGGCGCCUGGGACAACGCUGAGCCCAGCGCUCCUAGCCCUACCGCGAGCACCGAGAGCACGACCGAGAUCAUUGGCAUUACCCUCGGAUACUUCAGCGCCGUUUGCUACCUAUGCGCCCGAAUCCCUCAGAUCAUCAAGAACUACCAAGAGCAGUCGUGUGAAGGUCUCGCGCUUCUUUUCUUCAUGCUCUCUAUGACCGGCAACCUGACGUAUGGCGCGAGCCUCGUCGCCUAUUCGCAGGACAAGAACUACCUGCUGAAGACGCUCCCCUGGCUUCUGGGAUCCCUGGGAACCAUUCUCGAGGACUGCGUCAUCUUCAUCCAGUUCCGACUGUACUCGAGCAACGACCGAACCAGCGCGGUCAUUUAAUUGGCGUAAGAGAGGACUCAUACAGGCAGGCGGGGGACCACGAGAUGUGGCGCGGUUCGGAGAACUGGGAGAUGCUGCAUGGAUAGGCGUUUGGGCAUGUGUGUUUUGUGCGGGAGGGCUUCCGCGAGAAUCGCGUAAUGGCCGGUUCGGCAGACAGGACCGGGGCUCGGGCUACGGCCGAGGGACUAUUUCAGCAUUGCAUUGGAUAUCAUGUAACUGCGGAUUUUUCGGCUAGAUGUUUUUACUUUGCAUUGGACUUCCGAAUUUAUCAUUGAACUUGGAA